GGACCGGGUACCCAAUGAGCAAAGCCCAACCAGUAUCUGCCCAAUUCUCCUCGUGUUUGCCUCCCUCGUGUUGAGUUGAGUGCGAAAUUGAAAUCCCUGAAAUUGAGUUGUAUAGAUUUGUUUUUUCUCCAAUUAGAGUUUGAGUUGUACAUAAGAUUUGUCAAUCACAGCUGAAUUCUAAAAAUAGAAGCUGCGCGUCGAUGUCACUGAGAAUAAAGACGGUGGUGGACAAAUUUGUAGAGGAGUUGAAGGAAGCGUUGGAUGCAGAUAUACAGGACAGGAUUAUGAAGGAAAGAGAGAUGCAGAGUUACAUUCAAGAGCGUGAACGCGAGGUUGCUGAACGUGAAGCCGCCUGGAAAGCUGAGCUCUCUCGCCGCGAGGCAGAAAUUGCUAGACAGGAAUUAAGAUUAAAGACUGAAAGAGAAAACCUUGAGAAAGAGAAGAGUGUUUUAAUGGGAACAGCGUCUAAUCAGGAUAACCAAGAUGGAGCUCUUGAAAUCACAGUAAGUGGUGAGAAGUAUCGAUGCCUAAGGUUUUCUAAAGCAAAGAAGUGACGCAUUUUAGAAUUACAGGAUCGUGAAUUGGUUAAUGACUUUUAAUUGUUUUACCUGGAAGCUCACAUCAUUUUAAUUCAUCCUUACUUCUCAUGCAACAUUUAUCUCCCUUUUAAAUGUAUAUGAUUUAAACUUUAUUGUACGUGGUUGUAAAGAGAAUUGCUACAGGUACAAGAGUGGAGACAACUUUCAUCGAC